CACCCGCGCCUGACGAGCCAAUGAGCGUGGGUCCUGCGGCGGCUCGCUGGUUCGUUCUGCGCUCGGUGUUCAGAGGGCAGAGGCCGGCGUGUGAUGGAGAGAUUAGAGGAGGCUCCGCGCGUCUUUGACUCCUCACACAAUGGACAGUGUCCGGGAGACAGUGAGUGGACAGUGAUGCUCUAGCACGCUGGACAGCUCCACGCUGCUGCUGCUGCUGCUCCUCUCCUCCUCUUCUUUUUCUUCUUCUUCUUAUCCAUGUGGUCACCAGCAUCACCAUCAUCAUCACCAGCAGCAGCAGCAGAAGCUCAUUGAGGAUGGCAGGAAACCAGUCUCUGUGGGACUCCACACCACCUGCUCCCGUGCAGGACAUCUCCGUCCUCUCCUUCCUCAACGUCUCUGCCCCGCCCACCGCUCCACCCUGGAAGGCCCCGACCUUCACCGUGGCAGCCCGCUGUCGCGUGGCGGCCACGCUGGUGCUGUUUGUCUUUGCCGCCGUCAGUAACCUGUCGGUCCUCAUCAGUGUGUGCUGGGGGCGGGGCUACCGCCUGGCUGCGCACCUGCGCCCGCUCAUCGCCAGCUUGGCCUCGGCGGAUCUGGUGAUGACGUUCGUGGUGAUGCCCCUGGACGCCAUUUGGAACAUCACGGUGCAGUGGUACGGCGGGGACAUCAUGUGCAAGCUGCUGUGCUUCCUCAAGCUCUUUGCCAUGCACUCGGCCGCGUUCAUUCUGGUGGUGGUGAGUCUGGACCGGUACCGGGCCAUCCUCCACCCUCUGGACUCUCUGGACGCCGGGCUCAGGAACAGACGCAUGCUGCUCGUGGCCUGGGUGCUGAGCGUGUUGCUGGCUUCCCCACAGCUGUUCAUCUUUCGGGCCAUUAAGGCCGACGGCGUGGACUUCACUCAGUGUGUGACCCACGGCAGUUUCCGGGACCGCUGGCAGGAGACGGCAUACAACAUGUUUCACUUUGUGACGCUGUAUGUCUUCCCGCUGCUUGUCAUGACUUUCUGCUACACCCGCAUCUUCACCAAGAUCAAUGGGCAGAUGCACAAGAGAAAAGAUGGCGAGCACUGCCUCAGACGCAGUGGAACAGACAUGAUCCCCAAAGCUCGGAUGAAGACUCUGAAGAUGACCAUCGUGAUCGUCAGCUCCUUCGUCAUCUGCUGGACGCCCUACUACCUGAUGGGGAUCUGGUACUGGUUCCAGCCGGCGAUGAUCCAGCACACGCCCGAGUAUGUCCACCACAUACUGUUUGUCUUUGGCAACCUGAACACGUGCUGCGACCCCGUCAUCUACGGCUUCUACACGUCGUCGUUCCGCGCCGACAUCGCCGACGUGGUGGCGUGCUGCCGCUGUCGCCGCGGCAACAACGCCUCGCCUCGCUCUGAGGAUGGCCUUUCCGCUCGCAGAGCCGGAGCCCCUGGGGAGAUGGAGUCUGAUUUGAGUUCAAAUCAGCACAGCGGGAAUCCGAGUUAAACAGCGGAGGCCGAGAGAUUAAAGCCGUGCGACGACAGUGUUCUCUGCUGUCAGAGUCGCACCACACACAAGCACACAGGCUCUUCUUUUUCUAGGUGUUUUGAAUUAGGAUAGAGCAUCUUUCCUCAACUUAGCUGCAAUAUCAGAACAUCAUUGUGCCGAGGCCUGGGAGACACCACCCUGACGGCCAGCAGGCGGGCAAUUAAUGACCAUCCGUGGUGGUCCCUGUUGGGGCAGGAUUAUUGACCUUUGUCAGCAUCUUAAAAGGAGAUCUGCUAAUGGCUUUUUGGCUGAUUUAGCAUAUUGCAUAAGCUCAUAGUCUCAGUGGGAGAGAUGACUGUGAUUAGCUGUUGAAAUCCGGGCCAGUUUAGAAGACGCAAAAGGAAGCAAAUGACUUAGAGCAGAAAAAACAAGGCUCUACUUCCAUGUCCUUCAUUAUUCAAUUUUGACACAUUAACGUUGAUAUGAUGUGAUGAGCUGGGAAAGUAAUGCCGUUAUGUUGCCGCUCUUUGACCGCUGUGGUGGUGUAUCCUAAGCCGUAGCAGUCGUCAAAUGGCUCCUCAUGAUGUGCUGCAAGACCUACGAGUGCCAAUACUUUUGUCGUAAUACUUUAAUCUAACCACACUGAUUCGGUUUGAACUAUGCAGCACACAGUAGGUGCCGUCUUUGAGUCGGUGUGGUGGGCUGUGACACAGGUGGAGGGGCAAUGCUUCCCGAACCCUGCAAUCUAAUCUGAGGUAGAUAUAAAACACUGUGUUUGAUUUGCUACACACUGAACCUUUAAAUUCAAAAACCACAUAGAGAUGUUACUGUUGUGAAAAUAUGGUUUAGGUCAUUUCUGUUGUCUUUUCUGAAGACUUUGAAUGUAUUUUAUGCAAACGAUCGGCUUAACGAGAGAUUAAUUUUGUAUUUAUUGUUCAUUUUCUGGUCAAAUUUGUGUGUAUUUUAUCAAAUACAUUUUAUAGAAGGGAGUUAAGGGAUACAAACAAACGUACCACAAGCACAGUGACAUCUUAAAUCCUUUCGCGUAAGCGCUGACUCAAUGAAAAUAAGGGAGUGAAGACAACAAAACUUGAGACAAUAAUUCACCAGGAAAUCAAAAGCUGGAUGCAGAUUAAAAGGAAGUGACAGUGGUUGAACAGUGAAACUAAUCAGCAGGUCAUCUGAGUGGCAGGAAAACGAACAGGAAGUGAAGGGAAUGAGAGAAACAAAGUAAAACAGGAGAUAAUGAAUAAUGUGACCGGUGUCAUUUCUUUACCCCUCAGUGUUUUAAACUCAAGUUAAAAAGGGGAUAUCUGGUAUUUUUGACCUCAGUGGGUGUGAUGCAUUCACUGACACUCGUAAAAAUCCGCUUGCUCACUCUCCUCUCACAGCAUUCGGUGGGGACGUGUGUCCCCAUGAGUAUUUGGAGAACGCCAGAUUGUCUUUACCAAUAUUAGAGACAGGACAAUUGGUGCCGUGAGAGGAGGGCGGACUCUCUGACGCAUCCACAAGCCAUUUAUUGGACAAAACAAGCACUUUUUAUGGCUAUAACAGAGAUUACACUGCAGCCAUUGCUGCCUGAGGCGAUCUACUGGACCAAUUGUGAAACUUUUUGUAAGAACUAUUGACGCAGGGCCCAGGACGACAAAUACCACAAUUCCCACCAAUUUUACACCAAUGAAUAUGGCCUCAUUUUGGGAGCAGCACAUGAGUAUAUGCAGUAUAUGGAGCCGAUGUGGAGAAUGUGAGACACAUCUUACACUCUGGCCUUUAUUAUUAUUAUUCUUAUAAUACGUAUUCAAGCAUAAGCAGACACAAUUGCUGCUGGAUUUACUUGACGUGUACCCACUGAAAAUCUAAGGUACUUAUACACAUUAGAUAUGUAUAUAAUAUAUAUAUAAAACACAGACACGAAAUUGAUGUCAAAACUUCUUAUCUCUUUCAGUCCGAGAAGAGAAUGUUGCUACUUAAACUUAAAAAGUGUCGGGUGUUAACACUACCUCCAGAAAAAAGAAAAGCUGUUUUCAGACUUGAGCUCCGCGUAAUGUCUGGAGGAUGCUCAGUGUGAUGCUCGCAUACGAAGGAUGCAGCAGGAAGCAGUGUUGGGGAACCAUUACCAAUAAUGAAAACCGCUUAUGACGUUUCUUGUAAAUGAUCUUGUUGCAAAAGGAACAGGAAUAAAUGGUUACAGGACACGUGUGAAAGUGUGACCCUAACACGUUACGUACUCCCAACACUGUCCGCGUAACGGCUCGUGGCUCUGUCUGGUUCCUCCAGUGUCUCUCUCUUCCUGCUGAGUUCUCGUGUGUGACCUCACUGGCAACAUUAUCCAGAGAUUAUUCUGAGGAGCCAGCAGGAGAAAUCUGAAGAAUCUCCGGAGGGACUCGUGCAGACAUUUGCGUUCACACUCAGAGGCCUCUCGGGACACACUCUCGCGCUCUCUCUCUCUCUCUCUCCGUGCAUGUCUGAAAGCAGCUUAAGACUACUUAACAAGGUAAUUACUGUAAUGCUGCAUGGCUGAUUGUUUCACGGAUUGAUGUUUUUCUUUUUUAAAUUGUAUAGAGAGCAAUAGAAUGUAAAAGAGUAAUUACUGAUGAAAUAUUCAUUCAUUCUUGAGAUUUAUAUGCACAAAGUUGCCAGUAUUGAACAUGUUGUUGGUCGUCAUAGACAGAAGCUACACUUUGUUACUGAAGCAUAUACAUCAUUACAUAUAUGUGCACUCUAUAUGAAACAUAUACACAUUCAAGAGGCACUUUAUUAAUAAACACAGAGUUAAUACAGAGUAGGCUUUCAAAAAAGCCCAGCGUCAGUUCUGACUGCAUCAUCUCCUGGAUUCACGUGUGGGGACUGUCGUGUUUGGUAAAUAAUUAAUUUAUCAUCUAAUGCUUUAUCCUCCACAUGAGGGUCGCAGGGUUUGGGUGGCUGGUGCAAAUCCCAGCUGAUGAAGGGCGAAAAAGCGGGGUUACUGUUCACUCUCACACAUAACGGUCAAUUUAGAGUUUCCAACUGCACGUUUUUGGACGUGGAGAAAACCCACAAACAAAGUUAAUCUUCCAACCUCCCACAAAUCCACCAGCAACACAUCAAACACCCUAUUUUUAAAGGUUUACUAGCACAAGCUCGAGAUAUCCACAAGCAAUCUGAUUGUGAGUGGUUCAAGGGACAUCCACAGGACGUAGCGAUGAUCCGGCCUCUUAUAAUGGAACCUUCUGUGCAGGACCAAUCAGUUUCCACCCCACGCGGUGUUCAAUCAAGCAUUCACACCUGCAACCCAUCACACACUCACAACCCAAGGACAGGGGUGUGACAUUUCUGAUUUUCUAUGGCUUUAUCCUCCAGAUGAGGAGUGUCCAACUUCAUGGUUUUUGGACGGGAGAAAACCCACAAACAAAGUUUACAAGGAGACUCCCUCUCUUAACCUCCCAUGAACCCACCAGCAACACAUUAAACACACAGUUUUUAAAAGGUUUACUCGCACAAGAUGUCUGCAAGCAAUCUGACGGUGAGUGAGUCAAGGAAAGUCCACUGCAGCUAGUGGACGAUCCGGCCUCUUAUACUGGAACCUUCUGUGCAGGACCAAUCAGCUCCCAGGAUCCACCACACACCUGUUGUUCAAUCAAGCGUUCACACCUGCAACCCAUCACACACUCACACAAAGGAAAGGGGCGUGACAUUUGUCCCCCAGAGAAAUGUUUGAUACAACAGGAAUGCUAAAGUUACGUAUUCCCUCAUGUUAUGUCAUAUGUAGGAUCUGAAGUGGAUGUAGCAAAGUCAGAAAACUGUGACCAGAAAGAGAAUGUUACUGGUCGGUAUCUGGGUUACUGUAGCCUUUCCAUCAGCUCCAACCAAUCUGAUCGUUGUGUUUUCCUAAUAAAGUGCUCAUUUAAUGUGACUAUACCAACGUUAUUACUCUCUUGUAAGCAGGUGUGAUGUUAUAUAUAAAUAUAUAUAUUCAACACAGUCUCAUAAGUCUUAUAUUUGCUCAAUAAAAGAUGUCCUGGAAAAUA